CUGAAAGUCUGAAACACACGAACGGCCGAACGGGCGUUUCUCAGGGCAUUCCGAGCGCAUCUGCGCAUACCCGUUUUCCACCGAACUUCCGUCCGCAAAGCCUAGCCCCACUCACAGCCGCCGCCGCCGCCGCCGCCGCGAGAGGAGACAGCUUCGUCCAGUUGCCCAUUCGCUCGCCGCUCUCGGAUAUGGAUCCAUCAGAACUUCCAGCAUUCGCCAAUGGAGAGAUUCUGAAGACGAUGGUUGGGCGAAGGGUGCGCACAGUGGUUCAAGUCCAGCGCAACAAUGGUGGAGUGGUUGUUGGGCAGUCAACUGACGGGCAUCAGUUAACUAUUCGAGGGGCCAUGGAUGUCCCUGUGUCACAUUUUAUGGAGGUUUUCGGAACUGCAGAAAGUGACCAAUCCAUCUGUGCUGAAGUUUGCACAGAUUUCGGCAACAACUUUGAUGCUGAAUCAUUCAAUGGACUGUGCAACUUUGCGAACAAGGUCAAGGAGCUGUUCCAGUAGAUUUCAGUAUCUGACAGAAGACAUUUUGGCCAUGUAAGCAUGUCGAAGUUGAUGUCUUCCUAGAUUUAAAGAUUGGGCUAAAUUGUUCUCCAUAACCUCAGUGAUCUGUUGUUCUCUGUAUUGGAUACCUCUUAUGACUUAUUAACCUAAGUUAUGUAGCAAGGAAGACAAGUGACUCUUAUGGUCUCAUGUAGUUGAAGAGAUUAUUGCGUUCGUUUCCUCCAAGCAAAAUGAGGAGAAGCUCUGUUCUACUUUCA